GAGGAUGGAAGCAUGGUGCAGCUGCCCGGGGGGUCGUUUCAGAUGGGAUCCGAUUCCCUGGAGAAGAGGAAUGACGAGGGGCCCGUCAGGGAGGUGACGGUGAAGCCGUUUGCUCUCGACAAGUACCCCGUCACCAACAGGGAUUUCAGGGAUUUUGUUAGAGAAAAGAAAUACAAAACAGAAGCGGAAGCAUUUGGCUGGAGCUUUGUCUUUGAGGAUUUUGUAUCCGAAGAGCUGAAGAAAAAAGUCACCCAAAAACUGGAGUCUGCCCCUUGGUGGCUGCCCAUCCAGAAGGCGUUCUGGCGACAGCCCUCGGGGCCUGGCUCCAGCAUAAAGGACAGGCUGGAGUACCCGGUGCUGCACGUCAGCUGGAACGACGCGCGGGCCUUCUGUGCCUGGAGGGGGAAGCGGCUCCCGGCGGAGGAGGAGUGGGAGUUUGCUGCCAGGGGAGGACUGCAGCGAAGGGUGUAUCCCUGGGGAAACAAGUUUCAGCUGAACCGUACAAACCUGUGGCAGGGUGACUUCCCGAGGGUCGACACGGCCGAGGACGGGUAUCACGGGGUCUCUCCAGUGGCAGCCUUCCCUCCUCAGAACAACUACGGGCUCUACGACCUGCUGGGGAACACCUGGGAGUGGACGGCGAGCGAGUACCUGCCGGCGGGGCGGCCUGCGGGGCAGCGAGCUCCCGGCAUGCGGGUCCUGAGGGGCGCCUCCUGGAUCGACACUGCCGACGGCUCUGCCAACCACAGGGCUCGGGUCACCACCAGAAUGGGGAACACGCCAGACUCAGCCUCUGACAACCUCAGCUUCCGCUGCGCUGCCGACGUCCCGCCCGUCACAGCCAAGAAAAGCCAGGCCAAACCCGAGCUCUGA